UAUAAACGUGUUGUUACAUUAUGUGGAAUUAAACAUUUUAAAAUCAGAACUGUUAUACAUACUUAUUUUCACUUUAAAUGCACGUCGCCUUGUCCAAAGGUUGACAGGUGGAUUUGUUUGCUGAUGCCAGAACCCCCAGAUUGCCUGUAUGGCCGAAUCAUGAAGUUUUUUACAUUUUUGCUUUUGCUUCCAGAAACCUUAAAAAGGACUAAAAAGAGUGGGAAGCAGUCCGGCAAGCUGCCAGUAUGCUAUGAAAUCGUGACUUUGUCCGUGAAGAAGAAGAUGGCUGCAGAACUGUACCCUGCAAGCUUAAACACCAACCUCCCUAACAGCAACGGUGCGGUAGUGACUGCAGCCAGCAAGAAAAACAUCGUACAGGUCACCCAAGCUGUGACCGUGCCGACUACGACUGCCACUCUGCAAAAUAUCAACAACAACAACGUCGAGACUACCAGCUGGCAGUCCACUCACCCGACAUUGCGAGAAAGGUAUGUCAAGCUUCAGUUCUCGUUCUAUUUUAUAAUGCAAAUAUUAUAUUAUGCAAAACCUUGCGUAGUGAUUGCCGCUCCGUGCUUAAAAAUGCCAUCGAUUUAACGUGGCGUGUACGACGCCGAAUGCCUGAUAUAAUUUAUCUUAUUUCGACUCUUUCAGGAAUGCCUUGAUGUUCAAUAAAGAACAUAUGGCCGAUGUUCAUUUCAUUGUGGGUCCCCCUGGUGAAUCGCAGAAAGUUCCAGCGCACAAGGUGAGUGUGCUUUUCUCAUGCGCCAAAGUCUCACGCGUGUUGGAAGCCUGACGCGGUCAUGUAGACAUAUGUAUAGUAGUAGCCUACCAUGCUUUUCCUGCCAUUGUGGCCCAUUGGAGACGGAUUUUCUAUUUUUUUAAUGAAUUACAUUACACAUUGUCAUAUAGUUUGCAUUGACAUACAUAUAAGCACAACAACUGUGUAAAUAUACACAUGCUUUAUAAAGAAUGUAUCACAUUUUCCCAAACAAUAUGCAUGGCCAUAUUGAAAUAACCCACUUUCCUUCUUGUGUUUACAGUAUGUAUUGGCGGUGGGCAGCUCCGUUUUUGGUGCCAUGUUUUAUGGAGACCUGGCAGAAGGGGAGUCUGAGAUUCACAUCCCAGACGUGGAGCCUGCUGCUUUUUUAAUUCUGUUAAAGUGAGUAACACAUUACAUCAUCUCUGUGUAAGGCUUGCUUAUGCAUUUCAGUCCUUUUUGUCAGCAAUGUUGCCAUGCUCUUGUCAUUUAGCCAAUACAAAGGGGCGGCAAGUAGCCUAGAGGUUUGAGAGGCAGGCCUGCAAUCGGAGGGUCGCCGGUUUGAAUCCAAAGUCUCAUAUCUAGUGCCCAUCAGCAAGGAACUUAAUCCUUUAACUUCCUUUCAACCCCUUGGUGUGAUUGUUUGUUUUUCAGGGGGUUGGGUUGGACAGUCAAGUAUUUUUUCAUGUAUUGCUGUGGUUGGGGUCAAUGUAAUUUCAAUUCAGGAUAUGAAUUGAAUUGUCUCAUUGAAAUGGAAUUGGUCCCCAACCCUGAUCGAUUGGAUGUUUAGCAAUUGUUCUAUCAUACAUUGUGAUGGUGGUUGUGGUUAUAAUGGCUCUUAAAUUCUCACUUCUUCCCCCCUCUUCCAGGUAUAUGUACAGCGACGAGAUUGAACUGGAGGCGGACACGGUGCUGGCCACUCUGUACGCCGCCAAGAAGUACAUUGUGCCUGCGUUGGCCAAGGCCUGCGUCACUUUCCUGGAGACCAGCCUGGAGGCCAAGAACGCCUGUGUGCUGCUCUCCCAGAGCCGCCUCUUCGAGGAGCCAGAGCUGACACAGCGCUGCUGGGAGGUAAUCGACGCCCAGGCUGAGCUAGCCCUCCGCUCCGAGGGCUUCUGUGAGAUCGACCUGCAGACCCUGGAGAUCAUCCUGCGCCGUGAGACGCUGAACACGCGCGAGGCAGUGGUCUUCCAGGCAGUGCUGGAGUGGGCAGUGGCCGAGUGCCGGCGCCAGGGCCUGGGCGCAACGGCACGGAACAAGCGGGCGGUGCUGGGCAAGGUACUGUACCUGGUGCGCCUCCCCACCAUGACGCUGGAGGAGUUUGCCGACGGCGCGGCACAGUCGGACGUGCUCACCCUGGAGGAGACACACGACAUCUUCCUGUGGUACACAGCGGCCAACAAGCCCAAGCUGGAGUUCCCGCUGGCUCAGCGGACGGGCCUGACGCCGCAGCGGUGCCAUCGCUUCCAGUCAUCGGCCUACCGGAGCAACCAGUGGCGCUACCGGGGCCGCUGCGACAGCAUCCAGUUCGCCGUAGACAAGCGCAUCUUCAUUGCCGGCCUGGGCCUGUAUGGCUCGAGCGGCGGCAAGGCUGAGUACAGUGUCAAGAUUGAACUGAAGCGGCAGGGUGCCACGCUGGCGCAGAACCUCACCAAGUUCGUGUCGGACGGCUCCAGCAGCACAUUCUCAGUGUGGUUCGAGCACCCGGUCCAAGUGGAACAGGACACCUUCUACACGGUCAGCGUUGUGCUGGACGGCAACGAGCUGAGCUACUUUGGGCAGGAGGGCAUGACUGAGGUGCAAUGCGGGAAAGUGACAUUCCAGUACCAGUGCUCCUCGGACAGUACCAAUGGGACGGGCGUGCAGGGGGGGCAGAUCCCUGAACUGGUCUUCUAUGCAUGAAUCCUGGGGUUUGUCUGUAACACAUCCCCUCCCCCUGCGUGGAAUUGCGUUCUACCACUGGAUUCGUUGAACAUGCUGGGGAUUAUUAGAGGGUCCAAAAGCAAAAGAGUUCCUUUGCCUUCUUCAAUAAUGUAGCAGCAGCGAGAAAUUAUGUAAAUGUGAACAUGCCUGUUAGUCCUUUGGCAAAAUGUUUGAGUGAAGGAAUGCUCUUUCCGUUUUUAUUUAUUGAGAUAUAGAUAAAACCUAUGAUUUUGACUAUUGAGCGCUGUGGCAUGCAGCCUGGUGUAAAUAAUAGAGAAGUUGUAUUAUUGCACUCCUACUGGGCCACUCCCCGUUAGCGUGUUGUUGUUUUUUGUACAUAACUUGAGGCUAAUUUGUUUACAGCUUGAGGUUGGCUGACAAAUGACAUGUCUUGUAUUUAGUGCGCAGCUUUAUGGAACUGCAGAACAUAAAGAAAACGUUUUUGUGACUCAAA